AUAUAUAAAGUUAUAUUUUGUUCGGACACAAAGGACUUCACCAGUACUACAACAUAAUCAAAAAUGCUGUUUAUACUCUGUCUAGUGGCAUUGGCCUAUGGUAUGCCUCUCGAAGAACCAAUCGAGUAUGGUAUAGAUGAAGACCUCUUCAUCAAUAGUUCAUACAUUGUUGCUGGACAAAAAGCCAAUAGCUGCGAAUUCCCAUCAAUCGUUUCAUUACAAAUUCAGAAAAAUGGGAAAACUUUCUUAUGUGGCGGUAGUAUCAUGGACGCAACCCACGUGAUCACGGCUGCCCAUUGUGUGUUUUCAGGUGUGACGAGAAUUGUCGUAUUCUACGGAGCUACAUCAACUGCACAGGCCAAAUACACAUAUGCCACCAGAAUCAAAGCCCACUCAGGGUUUUACACGACCAGCCGUGCUCUGCACAAUGAUGUGGCAAUAUUGACUCUUGGCAAAGCCAUACAGAUGUCUUCAUGCGUAAAAGCAAUACCAUUGGCAAGUAAACACACUGUAUUUGAUGGAAAAACAUGUAUCACAGCUGGCUGGGGAAAAUUAUCAUGUAAGACAGGUAACGUCUUAAAAAGGCUUUCUACUCUAUUCCAUGAUGAGAAAGCUACUCAUAAUUAUAUUCUUUAUUUGCAGGGAGAUUCAGGUGGUCCUCUCUACUGUCAGUCAAACGGUCGCCAAGUACUAGCAGGAUUGGUUUCAUUUGGACUUAAAUGUGAGUACGGCCCAGCAAUGUACACAAGCGUGUCAUAUUUCAGAAGCUGGAUUGAUGCGAACAAAGUAAACUUCUAAAAUCAAAGACAAACAGAUGCAGGUAUAAACGUUAUGUAAAAAUAUAAACAGAAUGAAAUAAAAUCAAAUCAAAAAGAC